CACAGGCGAUUAAAGCCAACUCUUACUUUGCGGCUUAGGUUUUUCUGCGUAAUGUCAAUGUCAUUAUCAUUGUACAAAAUAUGCAAAUACAUAUACUCGGUCCACUUAUGCACAUUUCCUACUUAUAAAUACACACAUCAGAGGAAAUAUUCGCCAGGUCAACCAAUCCACUGUUCACCUGAUUAGGAUCGAAGUAGCAUUACAGCAACCAACUACUGAAACUUUCAGUUUUAUAAACUGGAGCAAAAAUGAAUUUAAAUAGUGCACUGUUUUCAAGUGUUUUAACCUUAUUGUGUUUAUGCAAUCUAUCGGAUCAAGCAUCGUUAAAAGACGAUUUGACUUUAACAUACAAACAAAAACGAAUUCUGGACAAGUUUAGAAGCGUGGUUAUUUCUAGACUUCCACAUGAAUACAUGAAGAAAGACAUUUACUUGGUUCGAUGGCUUCGAGCUCGAAAUUUUAACAUACCUGCCGCAGAACUAAUGUUAAUUAAUAACUUGAAAUGGAGGGAGGAAAACAAUAUCGACACCAUUCUAGAGGAAGAUUGGAGUGACUUUGAAAGAGAGUUUCCCAUCGAUAUUCAAGGAUGCGAUAAAGAAGGAAGACCAGUGAUUAGUAUUCCCGUCGGAGACUGGGAUAUUAGAAAAGCCGUACUCGCAGGAAAACAGCAACGCGCUAUGAGAUUCUUUGACAAACUUUAUGAAGAAAUUACCACAUAUAUUCGAGUAUCUCAGGACAAGGGAGAAAACAUCACACAAUUCGAUGUCAUUUUUGAAAUGUCCAACUAUAAUUUAAUAAUUCAGGGAUGCGCCAUGUGCAUUCCGGUCUAUGGCCACUUUCUCCGAGUGUAUGAUUAUUACUUCCCAGGCACCUCACAUUCUAACAUACUGGUCAAUGUGCCAAAUAUAUUUCUUGCCCUGUGGGAACUCCUGGAACCCUUUCGUUCAACUCAAGACCAGUUUCAUCUCUACGGAAAGAACACGAUGGAGUGGCAAGCCGCCCUGCUAAAGUUUAUCGACAAGGCCCACCUCACCAAACAGUUUGGCGGAGUUAAGAAUGAACCCUUCACAUUGGACGAGUUGAAAAGCGACGGAGGUCAUUUUCAAUGUCCAAAGUAUGCUGCUCAUCACUCAGCACUAUGAAUUACUCACUAAUAAGCAAUAAAACCGUUGAAAUAUUUACUUAAACUA